CUGUGUACACAGAGUCAGGAGCUGGGAAACAUACGCUCAGGCAGCAUGUCUUCGGCAGAGACCGAAUCUGAGACCACGACAGACAGCUUUGUGAAUAUCUCAGAGUGUGAGGUAGACAAAGACCAAACGUGUGAGGCCACAUGUGAGAAAGACAAAGAGCAGCCUCCAGAGGCUGCAAGCAAGGAAGACAAGGGUGAAGAGCAGCCCCAAGACGCCACCACUGAGGAAGAUAAAGGAAAUGAGCAGCCCCAAGAGGCCACCACUGCGGACAACCAGAGGAAAGAGCAGCUCCCAGAUGCCACCAGUGAGGACAACCAGGGGAAAGUGCAGCCCCCAGAUGCCACCAGUGAGGACAACCAGGGGAAAGUGCAGCCCCCAGAUGCCACCAGUGAGGACAACCAGGGGAAAGAGCAUCCCCCAGAGGCCCCCAGUGAGGACAACCAGGGGAAAGAGCAGCCCCCAGAGGCCCCCAGUGAGGACAACCAGGGGAAAGAGCAGCCCCCAGAGGCCCCCAGUGAGGACAACCAGGGGAAAGAGCAGCCCCCAGAGGCCCCCAGUGAGGACAACCAGGGGAAAGAGCAGCCCCCAGAGGCCCCCAGUGAGGACAACCAGGGGAAAGAGCAGCCCCCAGAGGCCCCCAGUGAGGACAACCAGGGGAAAGAGCAGCCCCCAGAGACCCCCAGUGAGGACAACCAGGGGAAAGAGGCCCCCAGUGAGGACAACCAGGGGAAAGAGGCCCCCAGUGAGGACAACCAGGGGAAAGAGGCCCCCAGUGAGGACAACCAGGGGAAAGAGGCCCCCAGUGAGGACAACCAGGGGAAAGAGGCCCCCAGUGAGGACAACCAGGGGAAAGAGGCCCCCAGUGAGGACAACCAGGGGAAAGAGGCCCCCAGUGAGGACAACCAGGGGAAAGAGGCCCCCAGUGAGGACAACCAGGGGAAAGAGGCCCCCAGUGAGGACAACCAGGGGAGAGAGCAGUCCCCAGAGGCCACCAGUGAGGGAGACGAGGGUAGAGAGCAGACCACAAGUAAGAAUGACAGAUCAAAAAGGGCUACAUGUGAGAAUGAAUCCAAAGGCAAAUCACAUGACUCCUUACAUACAGAGCCCAACACGCAGACCUUGGAGCCAAUAUUGGAGAUCAGGACAGAUGGUGCAGACACUGAUUGGUCUCUGGCCCCAGCGGAUAAACUAUGGACUGUGCGGAGGGAUGGGGCAGUACAGCUGAGGACAAAACAUGACCCAGACAUUCGCCCACCGGUCACAGUACCCCAGUUCUUUGCCCAAGCAGUGAAGCAGUACAGUCUGAAGGUGGCACUGUGUGUGAAGCGGGCUGAUGGGUGGCAUGACAUCACAUACGCUGAGUAUGAGCAGCAGACACGGUGUGUAGCCAGAGCGCUCCUGAGGUUUGGGCUAGAGCGUUUCCAUGGGGUUCUCAUUCUUGGAUGGAGCUCUCCAGAAUGGUUCAUGGCAGCACUUGGGUCCAUCAUGGCCGGGGGUUUGGCCAUUGGUGUCAACCCAUCCUGCCCUGCUUCUUUCUGCCAGGAGGUGGCACUGAGCGCAGGGGUUCAGGUGGUGAUUGUUCAGGAUCAUGGACAGCUUGAGAAGGUCCUGCAGGUGCAAGAGAAAUUACCACAAGUGAAGGCAAUCGUACAAUGGGAGGGAAACCUCAAAAGCCAAGAAGCCAAUAAGGUUCAAUUGUAUACGUGGGAUCACCUAAUGACUCUGGGCAAAGAUGUCAGCAGAACCAGUCUGGAUACCAUCCUAAAAUGCCAAAAGGCCAACCAGUGCUGUGCUGUGAUGUAUGCCACUGGGGUGACAACUGACAAGAGAGGGGUCAUGCUAAGUCACGACAAUGUGACUUGGAUGUCUCAUUCAGUCCGUGAGAUGCUAAAUUUGGGGCCUAAUGAGGUGGUGGUCAGUUACCAGCCCCUGAACGACAUGACUAUCCAGAUGUCUGAUCUUUGGCUUCCGCUCUCCUGUGGAGGCACUACAUACUUUGCUGAACCACAUGCCACGGAGAGUUCCCUCAUUUCCACACUCCGUCUUGCCCAUCCAACCAUAUUUUUUGGAUGCCAUUCAUUCUGGGAGAAGGUAAAAAAACGGUGGGAAUCCAUGGAGGAGUUGAAGCGCCCACAGCAAAAUACUUUUGCUCGAUGUAAUGAAAAGAUAUUGGACGAAGAGGUUGGAAUGAGCUUGACUGGACUGACUCGAUUUGUAUUAUUUCAGUGGGCCCGACACAUAGGACGGAACAAGUACUACAGUAAGAUGGAGCCCAUGGGGAGCUUUUUUCUGCUACCGUUUCACUUUCUUGUUGAGCGCCUUGUUUUUCAUCCUGCUCGGGCAGCACUUGGAUUAAACCGAUGCAGAUACUGCUAUUCAGGAACCGCUUCCAACACUUCUGAGACCAUGGAAUUCUUCUGGAGUGUGGGUCUGAGCAUUCGGAGGCUGUAUGGCAUUAAUGAGACUUGCGGGGCACAUAGUCUGGAAGAGUCCUGUGGUAACCGGAAGCAGAGUCAUGGGCAGGAGAUUCAAGGAUGCCUAACAAGGAUAGACUUUUCUUCAUCUUCAUCUCCAGGACUGAGGUGUCUGUGGGGGCGUCACAUCUUCAUGGGGUACCUGGGCAUGGAGACAGAGACACAAAGUGUUCUGGAUAAAGAGGGCUGGCUUCAUGUUGGAGACGAUGAGAAGGAGACAGCUUGCUGGAGGAGUAGAACUAUCCAACCCAUAACUCCAUAACUGUUAAAACACACACCUGGAACCUUCUAUUUUUACAAAUCUAUUUAUACACAUGCGUGGAUCUCUCUUGGCAAUGCUUACGUGAUUGGACUGUUCCUUGAGUUUGAAAAACAAACUUACUUGUAGGUUAUGUUAUGUGAAUGCUGCUGGUUAGGAAAUUGACACGGAAUGGGGUUCCACUAAGAGAGUGGUGCGAGUAACAGAAUUGAUGGGCACAGCUGGUAAAUUUCAUAGUUGGGCUCCAAGAUCCUUCUGAGUGGAGAUCCAUCACCUCUAUGGUCUAUUCACCCAUUGUCUAAAGUGUAGAG